GCUGAACUCAAAGACGCAGCAGUUACUCAAUACUAUGAGAACUCCGAGGACGCCCGAGGUGAAGUCCUCGAGACAAGAUACGCUGGACUUGGACGCUGGCUCACUGUCAAGACCUUCUGGAAGGCGAUGCUUUUCUGUCUAGUCCUCAAUUGGGCAGCACUUAACGAUGGUCAAAUCCCAGGCAAUGUCAUCCCAAUGCAAGCAUUCAUCAACCAGAUGCACGAUACGACGAUCGAUGGGAAGCCAGCUGUCAGCGCCAAGGUCGUCUCCUACUGGCAAGGAUUCGCAGAAAUGUCCAAGACCGUCGGCAUGUUUGCUGGAGGAUGGUUCGCCGACCGAUUCGGCAGGAAAUCGUUUUCAAUGAUUGGUGCCAUCGUCGUUCUUCUCGGCGGAUCGAUCACUGAGAUUACUGCACAUGACUGGCAGAGUUGGCUUGGUGCAGCAGUCUUCGUCAGACUGGGUGUCGGACUUGCUCAAUCGAUCCUAAUCACAUACAUUUCUGAGAUCGCUCCCUUCCAGAUCCGUGGUAUGCUGAUCGGAGCAUACCAGCUCUGCCUAAGUUUUGGACAGCUUAUAGCAGCCAUCGCAACUCAACUGGUUGUCAUUCACCAGCCGACCAAAUGGAAGCCACUGAUCGCCACUGAGUUUGCAUUUACUGCUUCUCACAUCUAUCACUCCCGCAAUGGACGCCACGAACAAGCCAAAACAUCAAUGAUGCAACUCUAUGGCAACAUCCCAGGCUACGACGUGUAUCGAGUCGUUCAACACGGUAUUGAAGCAGAAUUGGAGCUAGCUUCAGCUUCACGCAGCUCAUCCUUUNUCGAGAUAUUCAACAGCCAGAACUGGCGAAGAACACUUGCUGGGUGCCUUGGUAUCUGCAGUCAGUGGGCUGCAGGUGCCCCAAUUGUCUUCUCUUACUCGACAGUGAGCCUUCUCUGGAGUCUGAUAUCAUUCACGAUCAAGCUGACUCCUGGCANNGUACUUUUCAAAGUCGCCGGUCUUGCAGACCCAUUCCUCGUCACAAUCAUCACGUUCGUACCUGCCUCACCGCGAUCCUGGAUAGUUCUGACCAUUGGCAGCUUCGUACUUCUCAUCGUCUCGAUUUCUGCGUCCUUGUAUGCUUGCGAGCACAUUGGACGUCGACCUCUGCUUGGCAAAGAGACUGACACAUCGCACAGUGGAUGUUUCUUGAUGUGUGUCUUUAACAUUUGCCUUGGCUCUACUGCUUUCUUCCACACUGUUGGAGCAGGCAAAGCAGCUCUUGGCUUCCUGUUGCUAUGGGUCAUCUGCUACGGUGCGUCGGCUGGACCCAUUGGUUUCGUCGCGGCUGGAGAAACAUCGACUCCUCGUCUAAGAGCCCAGACAACCUCGUUCAAUCUCGGAUGCUAUGGUCUUGGCNUUUGGACAGUCUCGUACAUGAUUAGUCCCGACGCUGCUAAUCUAGGUAUCAAAGCCGUCUACGUCUGGGCAGGACUCCUUGUGCCUUUUACCGUUCUCCUUUGGCUCUACUACCCUGAGGUAANNACUUAUGGUCGUACUUAUUGGGAGCUGGACGAACUCUACGAGCGCAAGGUUCCUGCUUGGAAGUUCAAGAACACCUCUACCACCUCUGAUCAGAGUGGUCACAAGAAUACUGCUCUCAUGUCUGAUCGCGCCAAGCAGGAGGUCAAGGCGACAGUCUAG